UGUCACCUCCCCGGCAUGUCACGGCCCCUGGAGGGUGUGGGGCUCGGGCCCUGCAGCCCCCUUCCAGCGGGGUCCCCGCUUGCUGAGCGGGCAGGGGUGUGGGCCGAGGGCUGGGCGGCCCCUGAAAUGCAGACGGGGAAACAGAGGCCCCCCUUCUCUGGGCAUCUGCCCCCCGCGGCCUGGCUCCCUCCUGUCUGGUCACGAUGGCGGGAGGCAGGGCAGCCUCCACGGUCCCCUGGAGGGAAAGGCCGCAGGGCCCUGGAGCCAGCCCGCGAGAGCCAGGGGUCCCCGGUGUCUCCUGUACCCCUCCCAGCGGACCUCCGCUCACCAGCACCCUCUCCCUCUCCCCUCAGCAUCAUCAGCUGGUUCGUCCGGUCCUUCAAGUACCUGUACGGCCUCCGCUUCGACGUGAAGGGUCGUCAGCGGCUGUGGGUGGACCGGCCCUGCGUCAUCGUGUCCAACCACCAGAGCAUUCUGGACAUGAUGGGCCUCAUGGAGAUCCUGCCCCCGCGCUGCGUGCAGAUCGCCAAGCGAGAGCUGCUGUUCACGGGCUUGGUGGGCUUGAUCAUGUACCUGGGGGGCGUCUUCUUCAUCAACCGGCAGCGCUCCAGCACCGCCAUGAGCGUGAUGGCCGACGUGGGCGAGCUCAUGACCCGCGAGAACCUCAAAGUGUGGAUUUACCAGGGCACGCGGAAGGACAACGGGGACCUGCUGCCCUUUAAGAAAGGCGCCUUCUACCUGGCGGUCCAGGCACAGGUGCCCAUCGUCCCCGUGGUGUACUCCAGCUUCUCCUCCUUCUACAACCCCAGGACGAAGCUCUUCACCUCAGGCACCAUCAAGGUGGAGGUCCUGGACGCCAUCCCCACCAGCGGCCUCACGGCGGAGGACAUCCCCGAGCUCAUGGACUCCUGCCACCGCGCCAUGCGCUCCGCCUUCCUGCGCCUGUCCAAGCCCCACCACAUCAUCAGCUGGUUCGUCCGGUCCUUCAAGUACCUGUACGGCCUCCGCUUCGACGUGAAGGGUCGUCAGCGGCUGUGGGUGGACCGGCCCUGCGUCAUCGUGUCCAACCACCAGAGGUCUGAACCCCCUCCUCCUCCCGGUGACCACGCGACAGGCCUCAUGGAGAUCCUGCCCCCGCGCUGCGUGCAGAUCGCCAAGCGGGAGCUGCUGUUCACGGGCUCGGUGGGCUUGAUCAUGUACCUGGGGGGCGUCUUCUUCAUCAACCGGCAGCGCUCCAGCACCGCCAUGAGCGUGAUGGCCGACGUGGGCGAGCUCAUGACCCGCGAGAACCUCAAAGUGUGGAUUUACCCCGAGGGCACGCGGAACGACAACGGGGACCUGCUGCCCUUUAAGAAAGGCGCCUUCUACCUGGCGGUCCAGGCACAGCCCCCCUUUCCUGCCAACCCCCCUCCCGCCGGCUAA